AUGGCGCUGGAGCCAGGUAUCACCGUUUUCCUCAACUACGGGGACGCGCUCUAUCAUGAGCGGAUCCUGCUGGCGUGGGUGGUAGAUUCGCUGUUCAUCGUCAUCACGCCUGACUUUGACGUGUACAUUGAACAAAUUGACGCUUCGAAUCCAGAUCUCGAGGCUCUGAGGGUUAGCGACCAUGCGGGCUCGAUCCCAUUUGGGCUCACGGGGGCGCAGCUAUAUCGCUUUCGAGCUCGGCCCGCUGGAGCUGACUUGGUGAACCUCAUGGCCGAGGGUCGGCACCACGCGAGAGUGGAGCGGGCGGCGCGAGGCCUGGCCCCGCCACCAGGGCAGGAUGACAUCAUCGGCCCGGGAGGCAAUGCGCCGGCGGUCGUGCCCAUCCCGUUGCCUGUGCCGCCGCCAGUGGCUCCUGGAGUGCCCGCGGUUCCCAUGGCCCCGCGCGUGGCGGGCGCCGCGGGGGCAUGGGUUUUCGACGAGCCGGGCGAUUCCUUCGCCGUCGGCCAGGAGUUCGCCCUGCCGGCCAACGCUCUCGACGUGGGGGGCCGGACAUUCGUGUCCGUCAACGGCAAGGCGGUCAGCGGGACGCGCGUCGCGGCUGGGACAGACCUUGAUGGGUGGGCCCGGCAGCGCCAGGCGCAGCUGAUGAGGGCGGACCCUCGUGUCCUGCCUCGCCCCGCUGGCGGUGAGCAGUCGGCUUUCGUCGACGAUGUGAGGCUGAUGAAGCGCGACCCCAGCGUCCCAAUCGGGAUCAAGGGCCCCGCCACGCUGCCCGACACCCUCGCGGACCUCAGGAAGGGCUCGACUGGGGGGUUCACGGCCGCGCACGACCGUUGGUUGGUGGACUCGAAGCCAUUCGACGGGGACCGCGUCUCCCUGCCCCCUCUCGGCAAGGGGGCGGCCUGCCUCUCGGGCGCGCUCGACCCGGAGGCGGCCGCAGUUUUGCAGAACUUUGAGACUGACCUGCUCGCCUCGCCUGACGUGGUGGAGCAGCGGCGCAUGUCGGCGCCGGCGCAGCCGUACCUCGACCUCGAGUUCCGGGCGAGCCGGCCCAAGUACAUCCAGUUCUUGUCGAUGUUGAAGUCCCGCGGCAUCAUCUCUCUUGUCGGCCGCCGCCGAGGCAGCGUGACCCCGUUUUUCGUUUCCAAGAAAAAUGGGAAGCAGCGUUUGGUGCUGGACUGCCGGCUCAUCAACAUCCCUUUCCACCACGCCCCCGUGAUGGAGAUCGGAGCGCUGGACUGCCUGAGCGGGCUCGAGGUGCCGCGGGGCCGCCAGGUGUUCACGGCGUCGGCGGACAUCGAGGCCUGCUUCUACCAGUGUGGCGGGCUGGGGUCGCUCAUCGAAUUCUUCUGUCUGCCAGGAAUCUCGGCGGCAGAAGCGACGCACCUGGGCUUCGACGUCACGGGCUUGUUCCACGACGCAAAGAUGAAGCUUCACGUGGCGUUGAACGUGCUGCCGAUGGGCUGGUCCUGGGCCUUCUGGUUCGUCCAGCGCGUCCACCUAGAAAUGCUGCGGCGCGCUGGGAUUGACUCCAGUCGCCUGGCGCUUGGCGGGUGGCCGCUGCCGCUGCUGGAGGGCGGCCCUGUCGAGCUCCCAUACUCCGACAACGUGAACGUGAUCGGGCUGGACCCGGUCGCCGUCGGGGAGCUCCGCGACAAGAUCGUCUCCACCUUCGAGCGGCAUGGCUUCGCGAUGCACGAGAUUUCGCCCGUCUCGGACGCCGCGGUGAUCCUGGGCGCGAGCGUCGGCGGAUCUCCGCCGAGCACGCGCCGGGUCUUGAACAAGUUGCUGUUAGUGCGAGGGGCGCUGCAGUGGCUGGCUUCGGGGCCCACCGUCACUGGGCGCCAGGUGGAGGUCAUCGUCGGGCACUACGUUGCGCUCACGUCCUUCAACAGGCUCGGGCUCAGCGUGAUGCGGUCGCUGUACGAUUUCAUCCGCGACAAGUACGUCAUGCCGACGCGCUUGUGGGCCUCCUGCCGGUACGAGGCGUGGGUAAUGGCCGACGUGAGCUUGCUUCUCUCUGCGAGGCUCGACCGGCCGUGGUCGCCCGUCGUGACGGCCUCCGAUGCCGCGAACCGUGGCAUGGCGGUGUGCGAAGCAGUUUUCCCGGUCUCCGCCGUGGCCUCCGUCGGGCGAUGGCGGGAGCGGUGGAGGUACAGGCGGCUGAAUCCCGACGAGUGGGCGCCGAGGUUCCGCUGGAUCCCGUCCGAGUUCAACCCCGCGGACGCGGGCAGUCGGCUCUUCGAGCACCAGGGCCCGCUCGGCCAUGCUUGGUCCGCUGAGUCGAGCUGGCGGGUCGCGGCGGCGCUGAGCCAGGCAUUCAAGUCGCCGGCCUCGGCCGCGGCCCGCUCGCACUGCGAGGAGGCCGCAGCAGGCGCUGCCACGCGCGCCAACUACAGGCCGCUCUGCGACGCCUUCCUCGACUUCUGCCAGACGAAGGGCCGCGUCCCAGCCGACGUCAACGAGCUGCAGAUCAGGCUGCUCGAGGCGCUCGACCACCUGCUUGGGGCCGAUGGUACCAAGGGCGAUGCGGACACGCUCGUGGCGGCGGUCAAGGAUCACUUCCCCUUCGCGGUCGGCUCGGGGACUCUGCCUCGGGUGACCCGCGCCCUACGGGGGUUCGGGAAGAAGCGGCCGCCUCGGUCCCGGGCACCGGCACCAAAGGAGCUCAUGGCGGCAGCGGUGUCGAUGCUGCUGGCCCUGGGGCUGUACGACCAGGCGCUGCAAGUCGCGGUUCUGUUCUACACCUACAUUCGCCCUGGGGCUCUCCGACAGCUGACGGUCGGGCAGCUGCUGCCCCCAGCGAGGCGGUCGGGGCCGCUGAGCCACUGGUCGAUCAUCCUGGCACCGACCGAGACGGUGGGCGCGCCCCGGGUCCUGACCAAGACUGGCACCUCGGACGAGACGGUGCUGCUGGACGAGCCCGCCUGGCUGGGGCCUGUGCUGCAGGCGCAUGCGCGGGGCAAGCCUCCGACCGCCCCCCUCUUCACGACGGGCGGCCCAGGCAUGGCAGCGGCCUUCGGCCGUGUUGUGGCCGCCCUGGGCGUCCCGGGCGCAUGCCUGUACCAGCUCCGGCACGGCGGGGCCAGCGACGACCUGCUCACCCAGAGGCGGCCGGCGGACGCCGCGAAGGCGCGCGGCCAUUGGAAAUCCGAGAGCAGCUUGCGCAGGUACGCGAAGCCCGGGGCCAUUCACCAGCUGCUCAACGCGAUGCCAGCGGAGAACAGGGCGUUCGGCGUCCAGCAGAUGAACUUGCUCGAGCGCCUGCUGAAGCGCGAGGUGUUCGAGCUGAUGGCGGGCCCAGCGCGCAUUGCCGCUGCCGCCGCCGCUGCCGGUUUCCAGGCCCGGUCUUGGGAGCUGUCCGAGUCGGAGAUGCAGGACUGCAUGCACCCUUUCGUCAGAAAAUGCAUGUACGAGAGCCUCCGUUUGAGGCUAGUUGCCCUGCUGUGGAUUGGCUCCAUAAGCGCCACUUGGUCGCGUGCCAGACGCAACGUCUCUGGGCAGCCCGGCUGGCCAGCGCCGCUGCGGUCGCGAAAGUGCAUCUUCGGUUUACCCCACCUCGCUGGGAAGGAUCUGGCAGCUGUUCACGGAGGCAACGCUCGUGCGACCUGGGCCGCUCGCCUCUUCCAGUUCGCAGCGCUUCGAGGCUGCCCCGUGGUGAUUGAGAACCCGCAGAGCAGUUUCAUCUGGUGUCGUCCAGAGUUCCAGCGCUUGUGCGAGAAGUGGCGGUAUAUCGACAUUGACACGGCGAGCGGGGCCUUCGUCGCCAUGAAGGUGCAGAAGAGCGCCCCCCACUACACGGAGGCGCCCGGGACGCCCGAGCAGUUCAAUUUCGACGAGCUGUUCACCCACGGUGUGCGAGUCCCAGGACUGCAGUACGACCAGUCUGCCGCCUCGGUGCUGGCCAGAGUGGUCGAGCCCUCGUGCGCGGGCAUCGUGGCGGCGUACGCUGUGGCCGCCUGCACGGUCGGGCUCGCCGUCGGCGCUGGUGCAGGUGAGGCUUGCUCGCCGCCGAGCCCCAGCACUUCAGUGAUGGCGGGAGGCUUCCACGCUAUUCGCUACCGCGUGGGAGGUGUGGCUUUGUGGCACGAGCGCUUAGUGCUCGGGGUCUACGCGGGGUUCGCGUAUGUCGUCACGCCCGACUUCGACGACUACGAUGAGCCGAUCGUGGUGGGGCCCGACGUGCGGGCCGUGCUGCCGCUGGCUGGACAGGGCGACACGCCUGCUGCGCUGGUCGGCGCCGCAGUGCAUCGCUUCAGACGCUUGCCGACGGCCGCGGAGCUGUGGGCUGCCGUGGGUCGCUCCGUGGCCGCGGGGUACCCGAUGCCAGCGGACCCUCUUCUUCUGGCUCUCGCGGCGGGCAACGCUGCAGGCGCGCCUCCAGGGCCCUUCCCGCUGGCGGACCCAGCAGCUGCGGCCGCCGCCGCGCAUGCUCCGCCUCUCGCCCUACCACCUGCGGAUGGUCCUGCUGCUCCCGUCCCGCCGGGGGCCGCCCCUGGAGUCGCGGCGCUGGCCGCCGCUCUGGGACCCGUGCCACCUGGCCCUGCCGCGGCGCCGCCGCUGGCGCCUGUGCCUGGAGCUGCGGCUGGUGGCGCUCUCGCGGUCGAUGCUCUUCCCGCUCCUGCUGGCGACUUCAGGGCGCUGCCGGUGGCGAUCAAUCAGCGGGGCGAGCGCGAGCGGAGGUUCGGCGAGACGGUGAACGGCCUCUCAGAGACCGUGGUGGUGGGCUGGCCCAUCCAGGGCCCGCGCACUCCUCUCUGGUGCUUGUCCUUUAUGUCAACCAUGGCGGGGACGCCCACCGCGUGGCAUCAGCGGUGGCUCACGGCCAUGGCCCUGGCCGACGACGACGAGUACGCCAAGCUCCAUGAGACCCUCUGUCGGGUCUUAGACCUCGCCGUGGUCUACGACCAACUGCAGGUGGCGGAGAUGGCGUCCUUCGAGGUCGUCGCGCGUCAGCUUCAGCUGCUGAAGGAACGGGUGUACGAGUCUCGCUCGGCGCCCCCGACGGCUGCCGCGCCCAAGGCCAAGUCUGGAGCCAGGAGCGCCGCGACGGCCACCGCCGUCAGCAUGGCCGAGACGAGCUACUUCUUGGGCGCGGGGGUCUCCAAGGCCAACUUGUGCAUCUCUCCGAAGCUGCUCGAAUACAUCGCAGAUCAGAUGAAGGCGGAGGCCGCCAUCAGCAAAGAACGACGCAAGGCAGCCCUGGUAGAGUUGCUCGCGUCGGCGCCUGGAUACUCCGGUGAGUCUCGGGUGAGACCCUACGACAAGGAGCUCGUCUCCUGGCCGAAGCACGUGGCCCCCGUUCCCACGGCCGAUCUCGUGUCCGACGCCGAUC